AAUUUUAGUAUAUCAACAUUAUAGUUAUAAUAUUCAUUAGUGGUGCCGGCUGGCUGUUUGUAUCUUCAUUUAUUAUUUUAGUUGUGCUUCGUCGGUUCACAAUUUAAUAAAGUAUAAUUUGGUGUUUAUUAUUCAAAUAAUUUUGUAAAUUUCAUUAAAAUGAAUUGGCGUGUAUCAAGUUGUUGCUGCUUCUCGUUAAGAACGGGGACUCUUAUCCUUGGCUAUCUUUCAUUGAUUGGCAGCGUACUAGGAACUAUUGGAUCUAUAAUUAUUUUAUCAAACACGAAAAAAUUUGUAGAAGACUCUCUUGAAGAAACUAAAACUACUCAACAAUUGACUCCAGAACAACUUGAUGCAGUCGUAUUAGUGGUUCAAAUAACGGCAAUAGUAUGUCUAGUGGUGGCUUUGAUAGGUGGUCUAAUUUCUGUUUUAUUAUUGAUGGGUGUUUAUAAGGAAAAACCUGGCUUAAUCAAAAUUUCUGUAAUUGUUUCCGUUAUCGGUUGUGUACUUACAGGAUUAUCAUGUAUUUUAUAUCUAAUUGGUUCAUUUGCUAGUGCUGCAGCGUUUGGCAAUUUUAUAUCAAGUUUAAUUGGAUUAGCUUUGAAUGUGUAUUUCACAAUGGUUAUACAUAGCUAUCGCUUAGAACUAUUAGAAGGUGGAGGAAGAAAAAGAGACAGUCCCAAUUUACCUCGACAAUUCUAGAGCCAGAGAUGACAUCGAAGUUGAAUUAUGAUAGCGGUCGUCACGUUCUCAUGAA